AAUACUGCCAACGAGAAGUCCAAUUGUGAUUAACUUUUGGCAGGCAAAAAAAUGGUCGGGUGUGCAGAAUGGUACGCAAAAAGCCAAAAGAACAGGAUGCAAACCAACACACUUCUGAGUGGUAUAACGACCCUCAUUUUGUGCGGAAUUUUCGUAGGAAGUAGCAUUUUUAACGUACAUAUCCGAUAUGAAACUUGGACUUUCGAUCAAUCAGAAUCCGUUAUAUUACUGAUCGUCAAUCUGUUCUACGUAGCAGCAGUAUUGGGCUCAUUCGCCGGGGCAUUUCUCGUAAAUCACUUGGAAAAGCUUCUUCUUUCGAGAAUUUACCUAAUGUUGAUCGCCGUGGCCAGCACACUGCAGAUAAUCGUCCCUAAAAGCAUAGUUGGUGUUGCCUUCGCUCGUUUCUUCGCAGGAUCGGCCUAUGGACUAGCCUACUUAGUAGUUUUGAUUCACGGAGGAGAAGUGAUCGUAAAAGAAUUUCGCGGCGUGGCAAUAGCGUCCAUCAACCAUGUUCUGUUCUUCGGAAUACUAGCACACGGAACAGUUAGUCCGGUUGUUCUGACUGAUCACAACCUGGAAGCAAAUCGAAUCAUCGGUAUUACUGGGAUUACAUUUGCUCUGCUAGCAGCUUUGAUUGGUCAAUUUAUGACCUAUGAAUCACCGAUAUUUUUGGUGCAGAAAGGACGAGACGCUGAAGCGAUACAGUCACUGAUGAAACUAACGUUGGAAUGUCGAGAAACUAUAGAGAUUCGGGAUGCCUACAUUGAUAUUAAAGUUAUGCUACAUGAAGACUCACUUGCUUCACAAUCAAUACUGAGCGACGGAAACUGGAGACCACUUCUAUUUCUAUGUUUGGGCAAGAUAGCAGCGGUUCUAUCCUUCAAUGCCGCAGUCAACCAUAUUCAGCUUAAUGUUGUCGAUCAGUUAUACGACAUGCCGUAUUACAGCAUAUCGGGUGCAAUUAUUCUAGCUAUAAGAAUCUUUUUCGGACUCGUAUUUGUAUAUCUGGUAGAUAUCAUCGGUCGGAAACCACAACAGGCCCUGUCAGCUUUUCUGAGCGGAGCUAUUCUGACUGCUAUGGGGAUCGUUUACUUGGUGACGGAUAACGUGGAUAAAAAUGUAGCAGCGUCCAUCUUUCUAACGUUUGCUUUCGUAGCAGGUACAGGGGUUACUUUGGUUCCGGAUGUUCAUUUAUCGGAAGCAUUUCCCACGCGAAAGAAAGCAUUCUCAGUAGCCGUUGUACAGGUAGUGGAACAUUGUGCUCAAAUAUUGAUCAUAUCUCUAACAUUUUCAUUGAAUCACACGGAUUCCGGCAUUUAUGGAGGCAUUCUUCUAGUAUGUGGAAUACCGCUAAUGCUGAUUGCUAUUGUCCUGUACGCAUUUCUUCCGGAAACGAAAAAAAUGUCCCUUCGACAAUCAAGGGCUGCAUUUGCUCGCAAAGAGUCCCUCUACGAAACGGGUGAGGCGUCGAAAGAUAAUCUCAGUUAUUAAAUAUGUUGUGUACAAAUUGUGUAUCGAAAAUCUAUCAACAAAACUCGACUUAUCGGUAAAGAUACCAGUGUGUGGAUUUCUACCAGCGUGUGAUAAGGAAAUCAAUCAGCUACUGGUUAAUGUUAUUAGUUACGUUCCAUCGAUGCAUGCCAUUUUUCCUUCAUCAUGUUUGCCCGAAAAACGAAGGUGGGAAAAUAUGUUUUUAUCCGAUUCCAAGUUAAUCCAGCCAUCGAGUUUUUAUUGAUAAAGCAAAUUGGAGUGAUUUUUAGUUAUAACAAUGAUUUGAAAAAAACACUACUUUUUAAUCAUUUUUCACCUGGUUUAAGGUUUGGAGUGUUCUUUAUCUAUCGUAACCAUUUCAUACGUGGAAUAAACAGGAUUGACUUGUUCCGAUUAGGAUGAAGCUUUACAUUUGUCUACAGUAUGGCAAACCAUUUGUUUCGUACGAAUGAAGAGACCAAUUCGGUUCAGAACUCAACUUUUACUUCUUUUUGAUUUUCGGAUCCUUUAUGCGAGGUUGGGAUCAAACUCAGACAGGCUGCAUGAAAGACAACGACUAACCCAUCGUGCAAUAUUCGUCUUCUUUAGGAGAAGCAAAAUUUUUGUCUCAGGUCUGAAGAAUAAUAUUCUAGUAUUUAAAUAACCACA